GCCUCUAUUGUAGAGUUCUAAACAACUACCUUUAAGCUUUCUCCCAGAGGGACGAAUCAAAGAGCACUUUAAGGUGUUACAUGAAACCCUUUUUAUAAGAGUGUGGUUAAUGUUUGUUUUGCAGUGAUGACUAAAUUUAAACUAAAUCAUUGGGUCACCAUGAGAAUCAGCAUUGCCAUAGUAACUCUGCUGCCUAUAUGCACAACAGUACCAAAACACAGUCAGUGGCAAAGAGAAAUUCUAGCUUCAACAGAAAUUCCUGUAGAACACAUUGACCCUGGUUCCAUUGACCUGACUCCAUUAAUAAACACACUCCUUAAUGCUUCACAUGCAGGUUCUGAGCAUUUGCUCUCUGUUCUGAGUGUGACAUCACACAGCUCUCUUGCACUGCACAAAAUCACCCUGCUGGUCUACAACAUCUCUAGUUUUCAGGACAUUGAGACCGGUAUGUUUCCCCUGAGAUACUGCUACUGUGUGACAAACAAAACCAAUGACCUCACAGAUUUUACAGCCAUAUUGCUGGAUGUAAUGGGGAACUCAACUAGCUACCUGCAGGAGCUGUUUAAAUCUAGCUCUAUUCUCUCAGUUGGCCAGAUGAAGAGCUCAGACUGUAUCUACAUCUGUGUAAUGGCUGGAAAAACAGACAAAGAACAGAACGAGCUGUGGGAUUCUGUUCCUCCACUGUUCAACCAGACCAUUAUAGAGCACACACACACAGGUACAAAGCUGGACACACACAUACAUGCGCGCACGCACACACACACACACACACACACACACACACAUACACACACACACUACCCUGUAAGUGUUACUACCCUUUCCACUUCUUUCCAGUUCCUUUCCACUGAUGGAUGGGGUAGAGGGGGCCUGACAAACUAUUGCUAUGGGAGAUUCUGUGCUGUUCUGACAGGUUGUCCAUGGCGAUCUGAGCUUUUCUAUAGAGGAAGUCAGAGAAAGGACCAGAAAGAAACUCUGGAUGAGGCCCUGAGUGCGAACAGUCCGACAAUCAGCACAAUUAAGCUGCAGCCAUGUGUGUUUGAGCUGUGCAAGUUUUUCUCCCUGUGCCUUUGCAGAGGUUUAAGUCAGAAAACUAGUCUGCAGAGGUACUGCAUAGACAGUCAUUUUUGGUAUGAAAAGCACACAGUGGAGGUGUGCAGUCGUGUGAAAAGAGUCACCUUCUCCAAGAGUCUGAAGCAGAAGUGCCUGGCAAAGAUGUGUGUUAAAAUGUGAGAAGAGCAUGAUGUUCCUGCAAGACUGUUACCGAGCAACAGACCAAAUCCCUGAACUCUUUCACCUCUGAAAGGAAGAGAAAAUGAGAGAGAGAGAGAGAGAGAGAGAGAGAGAGAGAGAGCAGUGUGCGAAACUGUAUUUUUGCAGUACUACAUAUUGGUAGCAGUAUAUAACCAUUAAAAUCACCACUGCAGUUUUACAAUUAUG